AUGAAGCACAUGCGCCGUCUCGUCCCUCCCACUCGGGCUCUUCGCCAAAUCCUCCUCACUCCUCAACCUGCCUUUCGUCCUCAAUUCUUCCAACUCACUCCCCGCAUCAAUGAAAUCCCCACUCGAUCCUACAGCCCGACUACUCCUCUCCUCAAAUUCCGCACAAGAGCUACCCCUCGUGCCCUGCCGCAAUACAUCCUCGACGAAGAGAUCGGAGCGCUAUAUGUCCAAAUCGUGAACGAAAACAACAGCCUUGACCCCCCUGUCAGUCUUCGAGAUGCGUUGCGACAAAUCGACCGUUCAAGUCAAACAUUGCAGCAGGUGUCACCGGGUAGUGGGGAUGGAGUGCCGAUUUGCAAGGUUGUAAACAAGUUUGAGCUGCGGGAAUUCGCAAAAGCAAAGGCGAAACCUGUCAAGGAUGGUCUUAAACAGCUAGAACUGAAUUGGGCCAUUGAUGCUCAUGAUCUGGCACAUCGCUUGAAGCAACUCACAACUUUUCUGGAGAAGGGUCGGAAGGUGGAGCUGAUUUUGACGAGAAAGAAGCACAAGCGAUCUCCUACUGUGGAGGAGGUCAAGAAUCUCAUGGACCGGGUCAUGGAGACGGUUCGGGAGGCCAAAGCCUUGCCGGUCAGACCCAUGGAAGGAGAGCCGGGCAAGCAUGUGGUGCUGGUGGUGAAGAAGGAUGUUUGA